AUACAACACACACACUUUGACUCCCUUGUUUCCACCAGUGAUAGUCAAGCCAAGUGUCCACGUUGAGUAGAAGAUAUCAUCUGUCCUCGUGUCACUGUCAGCGGCCUUGUACAGGCUGAUUAUCUUCUAAUAUUUGCAUCCUAUCUUCAGACACAGCCAAAACGCACACACUCAGUCGGACACUAGCGGCCACGAUGACAGACACCAACCUAUCGGCAGUUCUGUACAAGGUCCAACACCUCAGGCUGGUUGACCGGCCUAUUCCAGAGCCUAAACAAGGGGAGGUCCAGAUCUCCAUGCGGACAGUGGGGAUUUGCGGUUCCGAUGUCCAUUACUGGCACAGUGGCGCUAUUGGUCACUUCGUGGUCAAGGCCCCGAUGCUUCUCGGCCACGAGUGUGCGGGUGUGGUCAGCAAGGUUGGGGAGGGAGUCACCAAUCUUAAGGAGGGAGACCGCGUCGCCAUCGAGCCCGGCGUCCCCUGUCGUCAGUGUGAGCUGUGCAAAGAUGGCCGCUACAACCUCUGUCCAGACGUCUUCUUCCUGGCCACCCCGCCGGACAGUGGCGCCCUCGCCAGAUACCACACUCACGCCGCCGACUUCGUCUUCAAACUGCCGGACAACGUGAGCUUCGAGGAAGGGUCUAUGAUAGAGCCCCUGUCUGUAGGACUGCACGCGUGUAGAAGGGCCGGCGUGAAGCUGGGUGGGCGCGUGAUGGUUUGUGGGGCAGGACCUAUUGGACUGUGCGCCAUGUUGUGCGCCAAGGCCAUGGGGGCUGCCGGGGUCUGCAUGACAGACAUUGACCCGAAGCGUCUGGAGUUCGCCCGGAAGGUCGGUGCUACAUCCACUGUUCUCGUCGACACCAAGGACGUGGAGGAGGUAGCAGCCAAAGUCCGCGUGGCGCUGGGAGGGGCCCCUGAUUUCUCCAUCGAGGCCAGCGGAGCCCAGUUCUGUGUGGAGCUGGGAGUAGUGACCACUAAGACAGGCGGAACAUUCGUAGUUGUUGGCCAUGGCCCCACCCACGUCCAGAUCCCAAUCGUCAACACUGUGGCCAGGGAGAUCGCCAUCAAGGGAUCCUUCAGAUAUGUCAACACUUGGCCAGCCGCCAUAGCGAUGAUAUCCUCUGGCAAGAUCAAUGUGAAGCCCCUGGUCACUCAUCGCUUUCAGCUGGAGGAGACGAUGGAUGCCUUCAACACUGCCAAGUCUGGUGUUGGGGUCAAGGUCAUGAUAAACUGCGAAAGACAAUAACUAAUCAAUGUGCCAGGAGUACUUUUGUAAAAAAAAAUGUGUAGCUACAGGUUAUCUCCCUUGGCUUAGGAGUUCAAAUGGAGAUAGAAAUCUUUUUCAAGGCAGAAUGAUGAAGCUGUAGUCCUGGAACUUUUUGUAAUCUAUGAUGAUUGUGAACUGUAAUAUAUAGUUUAUGUACAUGUAUGGAGACUUUCUGUUGGAUGAAAGUACUGAUAAAGGUGAAUUGUGAGAAAUUGUAUCUUAUGUCAUCGUGUCUUUGUUUAAUUAGUUUAAAUGGCAGUGACAGAUGGUUCACAAACCAUGACAAUAUCCUGAUUAAACGAUUCUCGCAAAAUGUACAAUUCAAUUGAGAAAACAUUAUAGUGCUGUGUUUAGUUAAUGCCUACACCCAAGUCAUGAAAAGAGCAUUUAAUGGCUACCUGUACGAACAUGAUAUGUGUAAUAUCCACAAGUUUGUUACAUUGGUAUUCAUUAAGGAUAUACAUGACAAUAACUGAAUUCUAACUAAGUAAGAAUCUGUCUGUACUAUUCACAUCAUACUCAAAUAUUCAAGACAUCAGGGGAAAUCUUUAAUGAACACCCCUCAUACAUGACAAGUAAGUCAAUGUGGGUAUAUAAUGGUUUAUUCCAGUUGCAACUGAACUACACUCUUGGAAGUUGAAAAUGCGAUGUUUAAUCUCAUUAUCUGCAUGACCCCACAAGAAUUAUGCUGGGUAUAUUAAACAGACAGUGAAUUGUGAACUUAUGUAACCAGAUCAUUCAAGAUAGAAAUGCUCUUGACGAUAUCCCCUUCUCCAUGUCUAAGUGGCAGGACUACUUGACUAGAAGCAGCUGAUAUAUUUCAUUUACCCUAGUGAAAUCAAGGAGUCCUCAAUACAUAGCAGCCAAACGACCUCUUCAA